AUGUGUAAAGUUAUAAUUGGACUGCCAAUUUAUUUCGGGCUUGUUGUUAGUUUUGUGAUAGCAAUAACAAGUGCGGCAACAGUAGCUAAUAAUGAAUUCAGUGAAUUAGAUCUUCUUGGUUCAGAUGAAAGUAGCAUUGAUUAUUACGACAAACAAUCAUCGCUUGAGGAGAGUAAAGAAUCUACAUACGAUGAUCCAGAGACAAUGCCUCAAUUAUUUCAAGGCGAUAUCGCUGUUGAUGCAGAAACUUACACCAGCUUACGUUUGGGUGUAAAUCCUUCAAAGUAUCCCAAACGCCUUUGGCCCAAUGGCAAUAUUCCAUUUGAGAUAAGUAAAAGUUAUAAUAGUGAAGAGCGUGCGGCAAUUGAAAAUGCCUUACGUGUACUUAACUCGCUAACAUGCAUUAAUUUUGCCCCCUAUGACGGAGAGGAUGAUGACUAUUUGUAUAUUCAGCCUCCAGAUGUUGAUGUACCAAAAGGAUGUUGGUCAUAUGUGGGCCGUCGAGGUGGCGAACAGACUGUAUCGCUACAAAGACCAGAUGAAACAAGUUUACAUUGUUUUAGUAGUGAAGGAAGAAUUAUGCACGAAUUGAUGCAUGCAAUUGGAAUUUAUCACGAGCAAUCGCGAGCUGAUCGUGAUCAAUAUGUCAAAAUACACUGGGAAAAUAUUAUGCCAAAAUUUAAGAAGAAUUUCAAAUUGGUUUCGGAAAAGAAUGGCAAAUAUUCAUUUGAUUAUGAUUAUAAUUCUGUGAUGCAUUAUGGUGCUUAUUAUUUCAGUAAGAAAAAAGGAGAAAAACCAACAGUCACUCCUCUGAAGCCUGGAAUUAAAAUUGGUCAAAGAAGAACUCUCAGCAAAACCGAUUGUUUGAAAAUAAACGAACUGUAUGGUUGUCUUACGGGACGUCACGCUAAAAUGUAUAGGAGUUUUUGUAAGCUGCUGGGAUUGUAG